CGACGACGAUCGUGCAAGGAUGGCGGCGACGACCGAGCCGUGGGCGGCGACCGAGACGGGCAUCGACGACGAUCUCGGACGCGACAGCGACAACGACAACGACGACGACGACGACGACGAGGAUGACGACGACGAUCCGGCCAACGAUGAACAGACUAUCGUCGAUAUUGGCAAGCAUCAGCGCAUGCAGCGCAUUCAAAAAGUGUUGUAUGACCAGCUCGUUGGCAAUGACGAGCGAAUUACGCUCGAGCUACGCGAGAAGGAAGAGGAGCUUCGUCGCGCCAAGACCAAGCGCGAAGAUUUGGGUGUCGAGCUCUACGGCGUCCAGCAGCAGCUCGCGCAGCUCCAGAUUGCGCUGGAAGGGUCGCACAACAAGCUCAACGAGCAGCACGACGCGCGGUUCCGCGCCGAGGACGGUCUCGACGAUGUGAAAGACGCGUUCGCGAAGAAGAAGCUGGUUGUUGAGAAGAGCCAGAGCCAAAUGAAGAAGGCGCAGACCGAGCUCGAUGCGCUCAACGCGACCUUGCGCCAAGUCGAGGCGUACAACCAAGAGAUGAAGAGCGAGAUUGCGCGCAACCAGCGCGCGGCGCACAAGGCCGAAGAGACGGUCUCGACGCUCGAGAAGGAAAAGAAGAAGCAAGACCUCUUUAUUGACAAGCUCGCAGAAGAGGUCAAGUUCUUAAAGGAGCAGACGACACUCUUUGCGUCGCAGCUCAAGGUCCAAAAGCAAGAGACGAUCGCAGCCGAAGAGACACUGAAAGAAGCGGCCAAGCAAAUGGAAGCGACCGCGUUCGAGAAGAAGCAGCUCAUGCAGCAGUGGAAGAGCUCGCUGAUUGGGAUGAGCCAGCGCGACCAAGCACUCAUGGCCACCCAAGCUGCCAUCAGCAAUGUCGUCGAGCAAGAUUUAGCGCUCGCGUCCGAGAUCCGCGGCUACAAGUCGUCGAUCGAGAAGGCACAAACCGUGCACGAGACGCUAACCGGCACGAUGGACCGGUUUGACUCGGAAAACAAGUUUGUCGAAGAGCAGCUCGGGACGCUGCAGCAGGACAUGGCCAAGCUCUCGGAGCGCCAUGAAAUGCUCACAAAAUCCAACAAGCAGACACAAAGUCAAGUCGAGAAGGUGGUGGCGGACGGGAAGAAGCUCGAUUCGGAAACCACGUCGGCGGCGCAGACGCUCGAGACGGUCCAGAAGGAACGUCAUGCGCUGGAAGACGCGAUCCAAGCCCAGAAAAACACCCAAACGACGAUGAACAAGGCCGCCAACAACCUCGUGAAGGAAGCCCAGAAGAUCCAGACGCUCAUCCACGAAAAAGAGAUUUUGUAUGCCAACAUCAAGAACGAAAUGGCGCGUGUCAACGUCGACAUUCUCAACGUCCAAGCGCACAGCGCGCAGCUCAAGGAAGAGCAGGAGAAGAACGUGACCGAGCUCAAGGCCAAAGACCUCGCUGUCGAGAAGACAGAGCUCGAGAUCCGCCAGCGCAACGACGAGAUCGAGAAAAAGAUGCUCCGUUUGGACCGACUCAACAAGAAGUACGAGCAAUUAGUGUCCAACAUGGAAGAUGAGAACACGGGGCCGCUCGAGGCGACGAUUAAAAACAUCAAGAAAGAGACAGCGCAGCGCAAGAAGGAAAACGUCGAGCUCCAGCGUGAUUGGCUCCAGAUUCAAACGUCCUUGGUCAACUUGACGGCCGAGAGCGAAGACAUUCGCGAGAAGAACCAAGAGCUCAAGAGCAAGACCAGCAUCCUCGAACAAAAGCAGCUGCGGCUCGUGGGCGAGGGCAGUCUUUUGCAGUCGGACGUCAAGGAGCUCCGCGCGGGCAUUACGAGCAUGCACAUCGAUACCGUCAAGCUCAACGAGCUCAUUGCCAAGAACAAGGACAAGCAGGAAUUGCUCCAGAACGUCAAUUUCAGUCUUGAGAUUGAGUUCAAGCGCGAGCUCAAAGAGCUCGAGGCCGAGUCGAUCGCGAUGGAGGCCCAAGCGCAAACCAUCAAGGCCGAGAAGCAAAUGCUGCUCGACCAGAUCAUUGAAGUCGAGCGCCAGAUCAUGCUCUGGGAGAAAAAGAUCCAGAUCGAGAAGGAGACUCAGGCCGCUCUCGACCCGGAAGUCGGUCAAGCCGAAGCGCGCAACAUGGAAAAAGAGAUUCACCGCAUGCGUCUCCGCCUCGAGGCCCUCGAGCGCGACCAAGAACGCAUGGUGCUCGAUAUGGAGCGCGCGAUCCACAAGCGUGACGCGAUCGCGAUGCGCGGACGCGGCAAGAAAGACUCGGACGUGACCCAAGCGUCGCUCUUGACCAAGGUCGCGACGCUCCAAAACAAGUGCCGCAAAGCCGCCAAAGAAACGAACGCGUUGGAGCGAGCGAUCAAGCAGCGCUCGAUCCAGACCGAAGACGUGACGUUCCAGAUGGACAAGAUCAGCCGCGAGCUCAAGCAGCAAGAAGAGCGGGCGGCGAACCUUCAGCGCACGAUCAACCAAGCACUGUACGACAAGCAACGCUUCAUUGACAACGAAACCCGCAAGCAGCGGCUUCUAAAGCGUUGGGAACACAUUGCCCAAGGCAAGGGCAUUGACCCGUCGAACGAGGCCAAGUGCUUCGCAGAGCGCGAGAAGGCGACCGAGGACACGCGCAAGAUCCGAGAGCUCAUCCAAGCACUCCAAGAUCAGAACCCGCACCUCAAAGAAGUGCUUACACGCGUCGCCAUGCUGGCCGAGCCCGUCUAACGUUUACAAACAAAGGACUUGCAUUGAAGGCGAA